CUACAAUGCCAGCACACAGCUCAAGGGUGAUGCCACUGCAGCCCGGGUACUUCGAGGUGUCCACGUUUCCUGACGCUUGGCGAUCCUCUUCAGGAACACUGUUGUAGUACACAGCUAUAUGAUGGAGAGGAGGAAAAAACCAGAGUUUGAGGCGGUGUGGCAGCUGGUGAGGCAUGGGAAUCCGAUUCUUUGGAAGGAAGUCCACACGCUUUGGAGUGCCAUUCAUUUUACUGGUUGUUGGCGGGUCUUUUGGUCUGAGAGAGUUUGCUCAGCUCAGGACUGGAUCCAGACACUAAGAUCAGGGAAGGACAGGUAUGACUUCAGGACAAGGAGAACUAUAUCUAAGGAAGAUGCAGAAAAAAUGGGCAUCAAAAUGAAAGAUGCACAGGAGGUGACGCUGGAAUCAGAAUAUGAAAAGAUUGCUCAGAUCGACACAAGUAAUUGGGAAAAUGUGCGAGGUCCACGUCCUUGGGAGGAAGGGAACAAACUGUACGAGGAAGCUGUGGAGCGUGUCAAGAAGAUGGAGACAGGCAAAUGAAGGCUGACAGGCACCUAUCUCACUGGUGCAAGGCGAGCAUCAGAACCUUGUGCAGAAAAGAAAAGGAGCCACCAAUGGGUGACAAGUUAUUGUUGCUGGACAGACUGUUUGCUAUGGCUAUUGUGUGACAAACUUGAAAAUGAGGGACAGCAGUUAUCCUUUUGAGAAGUGAUUAAAUGUGCUGCAGACAGUAAAGGAAAUGGUGCAGCUUGAUGAUCAAGUGUGCUGCCCAGCUUAGAGAUUGCUAGAAUGGAGAGGCAGGUGCAGAAUGUCAAAGCACCCCAUGUAUCGUACAGUGUGACAGAGCUUGCUGCUGUUGUUUCCUUGCGGCGAUGGAACAAUGUGAAAGUGAAGGUGGUUGGCAUCCUGUGCUCUGUAGAUGCUGUCAAGAGAAGAGUGGCUCUGCAUGAAGUUGGGAUCCCUCACAAUCCUGUUUUGAUAAUGGUGAGUAGGAUUGUUUUCCAGUUUUCCCCCCAUUGUGUAGCAGCAUCAGAGAUAUUAAGUCCUUUGUAGCCACAUGCAGCAGUGUGUGUGUGUCUUUAGUAUUGACGUGUGGUUACUGUAGUACAAGAGGUAGAAAGAUCAUUAUUCAGUAGACCUGCAGCAUUAAUUUCUUUUGUUUAUUAUUUUCUUUUAAUCUAAAGUCAUUUGAUCUAAUAAUAGUAUGUUUAUUAUGAUUUUUCUUUGGAAACUAUUAGUAUAUCAGAGGACUUCAGAUUGAGGGAGAGCACAAAACACAUUGGAGGUGAAUGCUGCAUGUUCAUUGACUUGUGAUCACAGGUUUAGUACAAGAGAGAGCCUUGUUAUGAUGCCACACCUUGUCCUCUGCCAUGUUGUCAGUAUGCAUGCCUGCAGUUUCAUGACUUGCAGCAUAGAGGUAGUUGUCAAGGCUUCCUGAGGAGCGUGUCUGUUUUAGAUCAUACUUGUUUUAGUAGCCUAAACAUUCACACUGUCAGACUGUGCUAGACUGUCUCAAGGUUAGUUUGCAUCCAUGUAUUGUGUCUGUAUUUAAUAAUUUAAUGCCUUUU